AGCGCAUCGUGACAAACAGGGUGAAAACUGUUGGAAAACAGGCAGCACCGUGAUCGGCGCCGCGACGUCGCCACCCCCGGUGCGACGUUAAUUCAUCACGCUGGGCUUCGCUCGCAGGGUGUUACGUGCGUUUCGCUACCGGUAACGCGACAUAGCGGCUUAUAACGGCGGGUUAGUCAGUGUUUCGCGACCCGACGUAGUGCCUCGACUCGAUCCUGGUUCCCCGAUCUGCCGAUCGCCCCAUAUGAUCACGUAGUAACCCCGAAUCGAGGAAUCCCUCACCGACGACGCAAUCGCGACGAUCGGUGACUUGUGUCCGCGUUUUGCGCGCGAAGAACGGACCGGCACGGUGUCGAUCUUAGGAAAGGAUCGCUCCGUCUGAUCGGCCGCGACCAUGUGCAGCAACGAAAGCCCGCCGCCGGCCAAGGAGCCGCUCGCCGUUGGUUUGGGUAACCCCAUGGCCGGUUUCCUGCCGGGUCUCGAGCACUAUCGAUUGCAACUGUAUCACUACGCGAUGGCGGAGCGGCUGCGACUGGCUCAGCAGCUGCAUCCGCAACAUCCUGGCGUGGGUCACCCGCCGUCAGGUGCGCCAACCUUAAGUAUGAGUCCGGGUUUCCCGGCGCCGUUACCGCUGUAUCCCGCGGCCGCCGCUGCCGCCGGAUACCCUGGUCGCUUGGCGUUGUCGAUGGCAUUGCUGCAUCCCCAUCACCAGCGAAUACCGGAGGAACCCAAGCCGCAGCACAGCUACAUUGGUUUGAUCGCGAUGGCGAUACUGUCAUCGCCCGAGAAAAAGCUCGUGCUUUCCGACAUCUACCAGCACAUACUCGAGCACUAUCCGUAUUUCCGCACCCGUGGACCCGGCUGGCGUAACUCCAUCCGGCACAAUCUGUCGUUGAACGACUGUUUCGUCAAGUCCGGAAGAAGUGCCAACGGCAAGGGUCAUUAUUGGGCGAUCCAUCCGGCGAAUCUUGAGGAUUUCCGCCGCGGUGAUUUCCGGCGGCGCAAGGCACAGCGGAAAGUACGCAGGCACAUGGGUCUGGCGGUGGACGAGGAACCGGACAGUCCCAGUCCGCCGCCCUUACCGGCCACCCCGCCACCCCCGACUGCCCUUGGACCCCCGGUAGCCUCGCAGCCCAUAUCCGGCUUGUGGACGCCGCAUCAUCAUCAUCACCAGCAGCAGCAGCAGCAACAGCAGCAGCAACAACAACAACACUCCUUUCAGAGCCAAUCGCUGCGACAGUCGUCUUUCCAGCCGUCGAGAAAACGGCAGUUCGACGUGGCUUCCCUGCUAGCACCGGACGACCAACAGCACCAGAUCGUGGAGUCCGAUUCGACCAAGUCGCGGCGUUUCAGCUGUAGCGAAGACGAGCUGCACGACUUACCGGAGCCCGAUCAGGACGAAGAGGACGUCGACGUCGACGUGGUCGCCGACGCGAACGCGUUACCAUCGCCGGGCACGCCGCCGUCGGCCAGCCCGGACUCGAAGAUCUUGUCACCGGCUGGCCAUUGGAACCAUCAGAGUGUACAGAGCGGCGGCCAGCAGCAGCAACCGCAGCAGCAACAACUGUCGGCCGUACACCUUCACAAUCAUCUGCACGUGAGGAACUACUACAUACCGGCCAAUUCCGGCGGUGGCUCCAGCGUCUAAUGACGAGUCCGGGCCAGCGAGAGCGAGUCGGUUCGCAGGUAGCUGCUCGUGUUGUCUCAUGUGUCCACGCUCUUUGCCCUCGUCUUUGUUCUUCGCGCGCAAUUUCGGGAGUUCCGAACGUACGCGUCUCCGGACGCCCGGUUUUUCACCGAACGAGGAAACUUUGUGGUCUAAUCGUCUGAUUGAACCAUGCAUUCCUCUCGACGCGUUCCACCAUUGGAGCUGCAAUCCUCGACAGAAAGAAACGGGCGUUCGGAAACACGAGACGUUUCCGGCGAAUCGGGCACUUCGAGGAAGGAGAACAUGGCGACCGAGUCGAGAUCACACGAGAGACCGGCAAGAGCGUUCGUAAAAGAGAUUCUUCAAGCGUCUCUUGAAGAUUCGCAUGCUCGUAGCGAUUCGCGGCGUUCGCGCGAGUGAUUUCCGGUACGGACCCGGCGAAAAAUCUUCGGACCGAAGUCGGACCACGCGAGAAGUAGAUCGAUUAUGUCGCCGAUUAUGUUCCCAAUGUCACAGAAGUCGCGUUCCAUCGCAUGUCCCGUUUGCGUUCGACGACUGGUGUGCAUUUUCACGUCGCCGGCGACGGAAACUCCGCGCGGUGACAUGAGCUUCUAGUCCAAUCGUUUCGUUGAGAUUCAUCAGGAAAGGAGGAAGGGAGGAUAUUUUUCUAUCGUUUCUAGCGUUAGAGAUACCAUCGGAAAAGAUUGUUGUAUCAUGGGACUUUUACACGGAAAAAAAGAUUUCACCGCCGCAGCUAAUCAUGGUUUGCUGAAAAUAAAUCUGCUGCUGUAACUGGACAUUUGCUACUAUAAUUAAAACUUUCGCUGCCGUUGUUGCUGCAUCGGUUUCAUAGCUGAAUACAUUCCUACUGUACUUUUAGGUAUCUAUAUGUUACAACGAGAUUUCGCUGCCAUACAUAGAUUUUUGCUGCUGCAGCCAACUCUGUUUCUCCGUGUACGCUACGAAAUCGGAUUCCAUGUUUCUGUUCGUCGAUUUGCAAUUUCCAACGAAUCGUUGGUCCGCUCGAGUUGAAAGGUCACGCAUUCAAUUGAUUCUAAGCUUUAUUUGUCUCGCACAGAAGUCACGUAUGACGCGUUAUCUGAGCUCAAGAAUUAGGCGGCUCCAUUUAGCGUUGAAUGUACGAACGGAAUGUACGAACGGAAUACGGAUCGAGAAGCGAGCAGACAACCUGGUUUCUCGAGAGACGCCAUACGGACUCCCGGAAACGUUGCAAUCUUUGCCGAACGUGUGCUUCUAAAUUCCGAUUCUUCGCCAUUUCUGCAAUGCUCGCGAAUACCACCUCGUUCUUCACCCGAUUUAAUAAACGGGAUCGUUACGCGCGGACAAGGGCUGGCUUCCUCUUCGACGCACACGACCGACCCACUUCUCUCCGAACGUCGGAGAUCACUUGAGUCUGAUCAGUCGAAUUUGGCGAUUUGAGCGCGCGAGCUCAGGCUACGCGCGGCGAAUUUACUACGUGUACUAUAUAGAUAGAUGUCUAAGAAAAGAGUAUGUAUAUAGACCGGAGUCCGACGGUAGAAUCUUGACGCGAAACUCCCCCUCGAUCCCACACUGAGGGAAAAAAUUUCACCUUAAAGAUCUAAAAAGAAAGUCUUAAUUUAAUCUCGAUUUAAGAGAAAAUUGUUGAUCCCAACACAACGCGGUCGUUUUCGGCGCCGAACAUACCUUUUGGUGUCUGAACGAGAAACUAUCUUAGUGACAAACAAUUUGCAUAUAAUUAUUUCAUAUUGCUGUAUCGUAUUGUGCAUAUUUAUACUAUAUAGUUAUAUGCAAUUAUAUACGCAUAAUAUUUUGUAAUUGUUUCAUUAGUAACACUAUAGUGAUAUUACUGUCUAUAGUAGCGUUACACUAUCAGCGACACUUAUUACAAGAAAUCGGUUUCCCGACUACAAUUAUUCGCCUGCGCCUGAGAGAGUAGUCACAAGUGGCGGGCACUUUUUCCUCAGUGUGUUGAAUAACGCGCGUAACGCCGUGUAUAUAGCGACGUUGGGAUUCUACCGGCGGAUUUAGGGAUCUUUGUAAAUACGAGAAUCACGCGAGAAACGUGGGCCCCGUACGUCGCCGUGUCGGGGCACGGUGGCGCGUAGGAAGAUGCGUUGCACGCGGGGCAUUACGUCAUGACUGAUUGCGAUCUCGGCUGUUCAAAGUGUAAUAUAAAAGUCGUUUAAGGUACCUAAGGUAGCGAGAUAUCCCUCCCCGCUGUAUAAUCCACCAACACGUCGGUAGAGACGAACACGAAGGUAUAUUCUGUACAAACCCGAGUACGCCCUGGUCCCAUCCGCCCCCGUUCCCCUGAGCAUCGUCCCCGCUCCUUGUCUCCUUCUGUAUGUAUGUAUAUGUAUCGAUGUAUACGUACCUGCGUAUAUAUAUAUAUAUAUAAAUCAGACAACGUCCGGAAGCGAUCGGGAGAAUCGAUCGCCUUGUCGGCGUAACACCGAGAAACGCAAGACCAUUUUUUAACAGUUACCUCGUAAGCGUACGCCGGCGACCUGUUAUUGUCUCGACGCAACUGAACUUUAAUAAAG